GAGUGCACUAUAUGCACUAAGCAAAAAGAGAACGCAUUCUAGAAAAAACAUAUAGAAAGGAACAAUCAAAGAAUCGAUAGUUGAAAAAAAUAAUUGAAAAUGCAGGGAGGAAAGAAAGUGGGAGAGAACAUUAAGGAAACAGCUGCCAACAUUGGUGCUUCUGCCAAAUCUGGUAUGGAGAAGACCAAGGCCAAUGUCCAAGAGAAGACGGAGAAGAUGACGGCACAUGAUCCCUUGCAAAAGGAGAUGGCAACUCAAAAGAAAGAAGAAAGGGUUAACCAGGCGGAGCUAGAUAAGCAGGCAGCGCAUCAACACAACGCUGCGGCCACCGCUGGGCACUUGGGGCAGGGUCGACACCACACUACUGGCACUGGGUAUGGAACUGGCGGCACUUACCCUUAGAAUUAGGUUUUAUAUGUAUCGGAAAAAAAAAAGUUAGUUAAUGUUGUUAGGGGGUAUGGUUUGUUUGUUUUCAUCUUCGGUCGUUGUCCUGUUUGUGUCAUUCCCUUUUAUUUUUUGGUAUGAGCUUGUGAAAGUUCCUACGUGUACGUGGAACGUUUUGAAUCGUGCAAUUGUAAUUUCCCUUUGUUUCAAUCAAAAUAGAACAUGUGAUUGGGUAAAAAUGAA